AUGGCCUCCGACAAGCCGUCCCACAGAUUUGACCCCAAUUUCACCAGCCAGGUGAUUAAUGCCAUGGGUCCCAAGACGUCCCCGCGCCACCGCCAGGUUUUCGGUGCCCUGAUCCGACACAUCCACGACUUCGCCCGCGAGGUCGAGCUGACCGUCGACGAGUGGAUGGAGGGUGUGAAGUUCAUCAACGCCCUGGGCGAGAUCUACACCAAGAGCAACAAGACCCGGAACGAGACCCACCGCAUCUGCGAUAUCCUCGGUGUCGAGUCCCUUGUCGACGAGAUCACCCACAAGAUCAUCUCGGAGACGGGCAUUGACCCGACAUCGUCGUCCAUCCUGGGGCCCUUCUGGUCGCCCAACGCGCCGUUCCGCGAGCUCGGCGACGUCAUCUUCCAGGACGGCGUGCCGCCGAACGGGCGCGUGGCCAAGAUGCACGGCGUGAUCCGCGACAUCACGACGGGCAAGCCGAUCCCGGGCGCCGUGUUCGACAUCUGGCAGGCGUCGGCCAACGGCAAGUACGACUUCCAGGACCCGGAGAACCAGACGCCCAACAACCUGCGCGGCAAGUUCCGCGCCGACGAGAACGGCCGCUACUGGCUCUACUGCCUGCACCCGACCGCCUACUCGCUGCCGCGCGACGGGCCCUCCUUCCAGCUGCUCACCCUCAUGGACCGCCACCCGAUGCGCCCCGCCCACAUCCACUUCAUGGUCACCCACCCGGACUACCAGGCCUGCACCACCCAGCUGUACCCCAGCGACGACCCGUGGAUCAAGAGCGACACCGUCUUCGCCGUCAAGGACGACCUCGUCGUCGACUUCAAGCCCCUCCAGGGCGACGACAAGGCCACCCUCGAGCUCGAGUACAACAUCAACCUCGCCCCUAAGGGGUACAAGGGCAAGAUCUGA